AUUGAGGCCGCUGGUUACUGUUUAACGUCCCCACCCACGUUUCAGUUUGUUUAGUAAAUCGAUCUGAUGCUGGGGCUGAGGCUGCUGCCCUGUCGCCAUUGAGCAAAGUUAAUUCACCCUCACACAUACUCUCUCUCCUCCUCCUUCUCCUCCUUUCCCGCUUCAGCAUAUGGUGAGGACGUUGUCACCGCACCAAACAAGUCGCGCAGCCCAGCGCCGGGACGUCCGCGGGGAGCCGGGGGGUGCGGGGGAGGCAGGAGGUCCGGGGGAUGCCGCCGGCCUGAGCUGCAACCGCGCCGUCGGAGGCCGAGAGACGGGGCGGCCCCGCCGACAGUUCAGGCGAAGCUGUCAACAUGAAUGCUGCUGACAACGGGGUCAGUAGUCUCUGUGCAAUAUGUGGAGACCGAGCGACCGGAAAACAUUAUGGUGCUUCCAGCUGUGAUGGAUGCAAGGGAUUUUUUAGACGUAGCAUAAGGAAAAACCACGUCUAUUCAUGCAGAUUCAACCGACAAUGUAUUGUUGACAAGGACAAAAGGAAUCAAUGCAGAUAUUGUCGUUUAAAAAAGUGUUUUCGAGCAGGAAUGAAAAAGGAAGCUGUACAAAAUGAACGGGACAGGAUAAGUACAAGAAGAAACACUUUUGAUGGCUGCAACAGUCCCUCUAUUAGCACACUGUCACAAGCCGAGACACUCUCCCGCCAGAUCUCAAUUUCCAGUCCUGGUGCUAGCACUGAUAUAAAUGUUAAGAAAAUUGCUGGUGUUAGUGAUGUCUGUGAAUCUAUGAAGCAACAGCUUUUGGUCCUGGUGGAAUGGGCUAAAUAUAUUCCGGGCUUCUGUGAACUACCCCUCGAUGACCAGGUUGCCCUGCUAAGAGCACAUGCUGGGGAGCACCUGUUGCUUGGAGCAGCAAAACGGUCUAUGGCAUAUAAGGACAUUUUACUUUUAGGCAACAAUUACAUAAUUCAUCGCAACAGCACUGAAAUGGAGAUCUGCCGAGUGGCAAAUCGGAUUCUGGAUGAAUUAGUUCGUCCCUUCCAGGAAAUUCAAAUUGAUGACAAUGAAUAUGCUUGCUUGAAAGCAAUUGUGUUUUUUGAUCCAGAUGCAAAAGGCUUGAGUAAUCCUUUGAAGAUUAAGAAUAUGCGAUUCCAAGUCCAAAUCAGUUUAGAGGAUUAUAUUAAUGACCGUCAGUACGACUCCAGAGGAAGAUUUGGGGAACUUCUUCUUCUACUGCCUACACUCCAAAGCAUCACUUGGCAAAUGAUUGAGCAGAUACAACUGGUUAAAUUAUUUGGAAUUGUUAAAAUUGACAGUUUGCUUCAGGAAAUGUUACUGGGAGGUACUUCUAAUGAUGCCAGUCAUCUGCAUCAUCCAAUGCAUCCUCACUUAGCCCAAGAUCCAUUAACUGGCCAAACUGUCCUCAUAAGUUCAAUGUCUGCUCCUGUACAUACAGAACAGAUACCAACUCCAGAAACUCCAUUACCUUCCCCUCCACAAGGCUCUGGGCAAGAAUACAAAAUGUCUGCAAAUCAAGCUUCAGUCAUUGCACAGCAAUCUAUUUUGAAACAAAAACCAUUGUGAUAAUAUUUUUAUCUGUCUUAUCCUUCCUUCCUUCCCUUCCUUCUCUUCCUUUUCAUGCACUAGAUAGAUUGGUAGAAUACUUGCACAUUUAAAAUCUCAGGUUGAUAAAGGAAAUUAUUUCCUCAGCAGCCACUACUAAGUGGAUGUUCCUUAAAACACCUCAUGAUUUGGAAAGUAAUGCUCUUCUGACUACUGCAUACAACUGUAACUGUGGGCACUGCAGUCUGACAAAUAUGUAUAGAAGUAGAUAUUAUUUUUAGAUCUUAUAACUGCACAGAUACGUGUUUUUAUUUCCUUAGUUGUUGUCGUAAUAUUAUUGUUUUAAGUGUGUAUAUAAUUUUUCAUUGUAAUGGAACUGCCUAGUGCUUGUUUAGCUGUGAAUUGUAGAUAUGAAAAAGUGGGUUAUUCAGGCAAAAGCCAAGAUUCCACUAAUAGUAGAACAUUAGGCUACCAAAAAAGCAUAUGAAUGGAAAAAAAAAAGGAAAACAUACUAAAUGGACAGAAGACCGCAACUAUUUUAAAAAAUCCUGAUUUUAAAGGACCAUCUCUUUUAAGUAAAAUUUCAACAAAAGGAUUGGAUCCUCCCUGCUUAGCAGUUUGUAGAAGCAGAAGGCCUGCCUGGGUGAAUAUGCUUGAGGACUUCUUAAAAUCUAUAUAUAGAACAUAUAUAGAUAUUAUGUCUAUAAAUAGUCAAUUGGCCAGAUCUGAAGCAUUUAUAUUGAUAAAUACUUAGAUCAAGGACUGGUAGGCUUUUUGAUCUGGACUAACUAGUAUGUUCCCAAAAAAUGUAUGAGCUCACUUUGGGAAUUAGGCCAGUCUAGGGACACUUUUCACUUUCAGGUACUUUGGACACAGCCCUUCUCUUUUAGGGUGCAGAGAGUAUCAUAGAACCCCAGAAUAAACUGAGUUGGAAAGUACCCACAAAGAUCAUUGAGUCCAACCCCUGGCCUUGCCCAGCACCAUCCCCAAGAGUCACAUCAUGUCCUGAAAUGGUUGUCCAAAUGCUUCUUGAAUUCAAUCAGGCUUUUUUGCGACCACUUUCCUGGAGACCCUGUUCCAGUGCCCAACUGCCCUCUGGGUGAAGAACCUUUUCCUAAUAUCCAGUCUAAACCUCCUGACACAACUUCAGGCCAUUCUCUUGGGUCCUGUGCCUGGUCACUACAGAGAGAGAUCAGUACCUGCUUCUCCUCUUGCCCUCACAAGGAAGUUGUAGACUGCAAUGAGGUCUAACUAGGACCGUGUCAGGGCAAGAGGAUACUUUGCAAUGUUUGGUUUACUAGUUUAAGAGUAGCCAUUGUGUUUAUUUGUCUAACUGGGUGUAAAUGCAUGUUUCAGCAAUCACUAAAAUUCACCUACUGAAAAGUUGUAAUUAAUGUAGUAGCUCUGUGUUUGGAGAGUUAUGACUUAACUAAUUGCAGUGGCAGAUAUGCCUGAGUUCAGCUCCAGGUGUUUCUGGUUUGAGCCAUGGUAUUUCAAGCCAGAAGACAGCCAGAAGACAGCACACUCUCUCAAUUCACGUACUCAUCCUCUCAAUGUCUAAGUUUUCAAAAGCGUGGGAUGACUUGCUUUACUGUGAUGAGCCCCUUUCUCCACCUCUUCCUCCCCUUCCAGUCUGGGCAUCCAACCUUUAAUAGGCUUUGUGUCUGAAGUCCAUAACAACCCAUCUGGAUUUGGACCCUCUGUGAAUUUGCACAAAGUGGACCUUGUGACACAUGCUCACUUGGGGCAUUUAUACUACUCAGCUACAAUUUGUGAAAGUAAUCUUUUAUGAUAUAUGAAGUGAUGUGUUGUUCAUACAAUACUAACAUCAUAAGAAAAUCACCACUUCACAUAUUUUAUUUAUUCUAGACAGCAAUGAUUUAGUACUUUAAAGCAGACUUUAUACCAGAAGAUAUGUAUGAGAGAAACAGACAAAAAAAAGAGAUAAUAAUAUAUUGCAGUUUGCUAAACUAUUGCAAAGAGAAAACAUUGUGGGGUCAGAAAUUCUUCAAAGGGAGAUGUUGAUCACCCUGAGACAGACAUCUUCAUUAAUCACAGCAACCAGAGAUGGUGCAGUUGCACCCUUGGCUUGUAAAAGUUGCUCAAACAAUCAAAAAUGAUUCUUCAAACGCAUUUUUGUAGGCUGGAAAUGCAACACAGUAAAUGCUGAGCUGACCUGAACAUUCAAAAGGUUUUAAUGAGAAUGCACCUACCACCAGGUAGACAGUGUGCUUCUUUGUUAUUUUUAAGUAGUUGCUUUUCUAAAGUCUGUAUACAUUAGCUAUUAAUGUUUGACUUUUGCUUUUUAGAUCCUUUUCCUUUUUGCUGUUUACUGUUUGUUUUUUAUUAAUGCAUUGCUCUUUUUACAAGUUCCUUUUAAUACGAGUUUUUAUGACAGAAUAAGGUACUGAAGUUUUGCCAUUAACUUUAAGGGUAUCCAGACUCUGCUUUUUUUACAAGUUGGCCACCAAUGCUUUACAGUGAUACACAAAGGUAAAACAAGUGUGAGAGAUACUGAGCAGCCCAAAAGUUUACUGAUUUGGCUCACUUUUGUAUACUUGUCAGAGAAAGAGUGUUGGACUCUAGUUGGAUCUGCAUGACUUAACUGGGUCAGAUAAAUGAAUUCAGCUACAUACACAUGGCAGUAUUGGUCUGACUAAAAGCAUAUAAUUGGAAGUAAAGAUCAGUCCCCAAGCUGGCCACCCUUGCCUUAUAUAAGAAAUGUGCGUAAUAGCUUACUUUAUUUUUCACAGUGAACUUUAGAUAUCAAGUGUACAAUAAAAUGUUGUCACACACGGCCAAAAUGUACUGGAGGAAAAAUAUGCUUGAGUAUUUUAUCUGACAAGAAGCUGUUGUCUAUUUUGUAUGAUAUAUUACAUUUUUGAAUAAGAACACCACUGUAAUUUAUUGGGAAAAGCUGAUUUAUUUUAUAAAUGUAACAUUAUUUUUGUAAACUUAAUUAUGAAAAAUCAGAAAUGAUUAGUGCUGUUAAAUAUUAAAUUAUAAUGAGAUGUAACUUUAUAUGUUUGAACUCUGAUACUAAGUUUUUGUAUUGAGCAUUUGGAAUUGAAAUGGUUGCUGGAAAUAUUUCAAAUGGACUGUUUUUCAUCAAAGCUCAAUAAAGAAAUAUGAAUGAUCCAAAUGA